AAAGCCCUUCUUCCCAGAAAACUUGAGUUUGAAAAUGCGACCUUUGACGUUCCGACCAUAAUCGAUUUGUUGUAGUUAAACGCAAGGUGAAGGAGGCGAGAAUCAGAAGAUGAAGAAGGAAGACACAGUGAAACUGAUCAGUGCGGAGGGUUUUGAAUUUGUGGUCGACAAAGAAGCUGCAAUGGUUUCACAGACCAUACAUAACAUGCUUACUUCUCCAGGGAGUUUCUCUGAGAGGCAGCACGGCGAAGUCACUUUUCCCGAGAUCAGUACCACCAUUCUGGAGAAGAUUUGCCAGUACUUUUAUUGGCAUCUCCAAUUUGCCAGUGGGAAGGAAACGGAAUUUCCCAUUGAACCUGAGUUAACUCUAGAGCUAAUGAUGGCUGCCAAUUACCUCCAUACAUAAGCAUUUUACUUCCCCAAGGUGAUAGUUCUUCGUCCUCAUUAUGGAAUUAUUACUUGGUUAGGCAUUCAAAGAACGUAUUAUAAUUGCCAUUUGGAACUUUGUCUUUUAUGGAACUAAGUACAUAUGUAAUUUGUAUAAUUUACUUAUUGUUAGACUCAGUUUUCAUGACUCUGAUGUACGAGUGGCUCUAAGAUGCCUACUGUUGAUGUUGCUGUAUAAAUCAACUUGUUAAAAAAAGAUACUAACAUCAAAAUGCUGUUUUAAAGUCCAUUACAAUUACAACAGUGUGUAGACAUUGUUAUUCAAA